UGUCGCUGUGCGUCGUUGUGGACAUCGAGCUACGAUGAAUAGAUCGGGCGGCGAGGCGCUCCACUGCUUUUGGAACGAGACUGUCGGGUCGUGUCACAAGAGCGACUGGAGCGCUUGCGGCUACGACUGGCUCGCCAAAGUUCCCGUCGGCCUUGUGUGGCUCGUCUGGUUCUUUGCUGGCACGUACGCACUGAGUCAAUUUGGCACGCUCAAGUUUGACACGUCUAUUCACGACCCCCUUGGCCAAGGGAUUGCAAUCGCCUUGUCCCAGCGCAAAUCGACGUCCGUGAGGCGGCCAUGGCUGCUGCGCUACAUCAAACUGUGUGCGAUUUGGGCCGAGUGGCCGACGUUUACUUUUACCCCCCUCACGAUCGCGUUCAAAAUCUCAAAAGAAGAAAGCGCGUUGCGACUAUUGAACUUGAAUGUCGACGAGGCGCUCGAGGUAUUUGGAGUCGUCCUCGUGGCAUGCUGCGGCGUCGGUAUUGUCGUCCUGCGGAACUGGAAAAAGAACGUGUCAGGUGAAGCCAUCUUGAAGAAAACGCUGUACCCCAUCACAUUCGACCUCUUCUUCAUUCCCACGACGACCCUCCUCGCGCGUAUUGGAACGUGUCCGGAAGGGUUUGCCCACAUCGCCCUGCCCAGCGGCGCCAGCUGCGAAUGCGUCAACACGUUUGCCGUGUUUUGGGCAAUCGGGUUCGGUGGGUUUCUCGUCCUGUACUGCAGCGCCAUGUACUACAAGAUGCACAUUGAACCGCAUGGGACCACGAUGGAUUUUCGAUUCCAAACGAGCUUCCAGAUCAUGAUGGCCAUGGCUCGUACAGUGAACCCGAUCGUGUCGAUCCUGGUCAUCCUGCUGAAUGUGCACAUCUACCCUGCCCGAGCCACGCCGAUCGCGUGCGCGUUCCUCAUCAUGGUCACGUACCUCCUCAUCUACUCGUACAAAACCCAACCGUGCAUUGGCAGCGGCCGCGUCCCCAACAACAUUCGUGUCGUGAGCUUUUCCAGCUCUGUGUACUCGAGCGUGUGUGUGUUUGUGUUUUGUGUGACGGGGUCGUCCAUCACGUCGCUGUACUACUCGCUCGUGCCGUUGCCUCUCGUGUGGCUGACCGCGUGGACGAUCAACGACCGCCGUGCCAAGCUCUUUUACAUCCCGUACCGGCCGAUUGUCGACCUCUUGGUCAUGUCGGAGGCCCGACCCCAGCUGGCGGGGGUCAUCGCAGCACUGUAUGUCGACCCGAUGAAGAUUCACGCCAAGGACUACACCCUGAUCGUCGCGCGGCUCUACGCGAUUGCUCGAUCCAGCGACGCCGAGCCACAGAGCAGGAUGCACGCGCUCCGAACGCUGUGGUUCCUCCACUGCAAAAACUUUCGAAAGACCAAAGGUCAAUUUGGCGAGCCGGAAGACGAAAUGCUCACGCUGCCUCCCAAGUUGUGGCUCAAGGACCGCGAAAACCCCGACAGGAUUCAGUGGACAAAGGCUGGGAUGGCCAAAACGGGAGGCGCGCUCUCCAACAAGCAGACACAAGUCAAGAUCGCUCGCAUCGAUCAACUCAGCGAUGUUCGCCAAGACGACGUGGUCGCACCCGAGCUAGCACACUUUGCAGCAAUGUCCAAAGCGUCGGGACGAAGCGGCCGCUUAUCACGAACAGUCGGGACCAGCGUUCCUCCAGACUCGACACCUCGAGUCGAGUCAACCCACAGUGCCACUCAUGCCAUGGAGGAUGGCACAGCUGGGGAGACUCCAGCCUUCAUCCGACCGCCGCGCACCCGAUCGAUUGCCGUCCCGUCGUCCGCGAGGUCAUCGUUCGUCACGUCGACGGAGUUGGGAGUCAUUCGGAUCCGAGACAAACAGUGGCUGUCGCGAAAUGAAGACUCUGUCGAAGCGGUGCAGCACUGCGACGAAUUGUUUCGUCUGGCGAAGGAAGUCAUGGUCACAUGCACCACGAUCGCCGACAAGCCUGCCAUGUUUGAAGCGGCCAUGUACCUCUUGCAGCUGUACCAAGCGCGGUACCUUCGACUGAACAAAGUCACGUACGUGCGCAUUGUGAGCAGCUUGUGCGCGACAGAUCACAUGAAAACCGCCAUCGAUGCUGUCCACACAUUGUACAAAUUGGUUCUCGAUGCCGUGCUCGCACCCGAGCUGUGGCUCCGCACGUCGUCGUCCCUCGAUCUCCUCUUGUGUGCCAUGGACCACCCGAGCACGCUUACCGUCGCCAAGUGUGUGAUUGUCGCCAAAGCAAUCCUCGUGGCUGCCGAGGCGGACGUGCGGAUGAAUCUGUUUUCGCUUCUCACGCCAGCGUCCAUCGCGCGGCUCCGCAGUGCGUUCUUGGAUUACCACGCAAACUACCAGAUCAGCACAACGCUCGAGGACAUUUGCGCCGGCUUGCACCGCAUGGAGCUCCAACGCGGGGCCAAACAUCGCGACGACCUGCAACGACGAGUUGCAGCGUCGUCGUUGAUGCGCAACCUGACCCAGUCCAUCGCCAAAUCGACCGUGUCCGUCGGUAUUGAACGGUCCAUGCCGUCGCGACGCCUGAGUCUUCGAGUGUCGCCCGUGGACCCGCUCGUGACGACCACCCUCCAGCAAAUGCCGACCCGCGACGGCGGUGCAAACGCUGCGUCCGUACGAGUGCACGACAUGGAUGGGGGAAGUGCUCGCGACCUGCAGAAGAUAGCCGUGAACGUCCCCACCACCGUGCCACACGGUCGACCGGUGCACGUGACGGGAAUGGGCCAUGGCGCGUCGGGUGGAGGCAAGAUCCAGUACUUGUUUGUCCAAGCGGACGUGAUCGAGGAGAUUCAUCGACGCCGAACCGUUCGUGCCCAGUUUGAACAAGCUCUGAUGCGAGCAUACCACAUCUACAACGAGGGGCGAUCGGCCGCGACAGUCGCGGCCCCGACCGACCAGGCAGCAACACCGACUUCGUCGACCAUGUCAAGGAAGGAGUUGCCUGCGAGUUUUAGCGAGAUCAUGGAACUGUAUGCGGUGCCAGGGUGUGCGCUGGAGGGGAUGCUGGCGUCCGUGGUGGAGCCGCACAUGAAGCAGUUCUUCGAGAGCCAAGUGAUGCCGUUCAUGAUCAUACGAUAA